AUGACUAAAAUGUUAUCUGCGCAGGAGGCUGCUAAGAUCUAUCACACAAACUAUGUGAGGAACGCAAGAGCGGUCGGCGUGCUGUGGACAGUCUUCACCAUCUGCUUUGCCAUUAUAUGUGUGGUAGUGUUUAUUCAGCCUUACUGGAUCGGUGACAGUGUUGAUACACCCCAGUCGGGUUACUUUGGACUUUUUCACUACUGCAUCGGGAAUCCCAUCACAGGAGAGCUGGUGUGUAAGGGAAGCGCUCUGGACUUCGGAUCCAUCCCUUCAGGUGCUUUCAAAACAGCAAUGUUCUUUGUGGGGAUUUCAUUGCUGCUGAUUGUGGGAACUAUCGUUUGUUUUACUUUAUUCUUCUUCUGCAACUCGGGCAGCGUGUAUAAGAUAUGUGCUUGGAUGCAGCUCGCAGCAGCUACUUGCAUGGUCAUCGGUUGUAUGAUCUACCCAGACGGCUGGGACUCAGAAGAGGUGAAGCGGAUGUGUGGCCAACGGACAGAUAAAUACACGCUGGGUAACUGUACGGUGCGCUGGGCAUACAUCUUGGCCAUUAUCAGCAUUAUGGAUGCCAUCAUAUUAUCAUUUCUAGCCUUUGUGUUGGGAAACCGCCAAGACAAACUGCUACCAGAAGACUUUGAUGUGGAAGAGAAGAAAGAGGAAGCAUGAAGCUCACUGCACUAGAGAGUCAAAUGGACCCAUAUGGAUUUACAAGGACACAGAUGCUGAAACAUGAAGGAAAAGUGUGCCAUCUUUUGAGAUUAUACAGUACACUUUUUUUUUUAGUUUUUUUUUCAACUCAGUGUUGGAUUAAAAAGGGAUGAACCAAGACGUAGGGUUAAACUAACCCAGACAAUGUUUAUUUUAUUAAGAACAACAAAGCAUUAUAGGUUAAAUUAAAACGCAAUGGGUUAGGUUUUUCCCCUUUUGACCCAACGCUGGGAGUCAAAAUUAUUUCAAACAUGUACACUUUAUUGGUCUGUUUUUUUACUUUGUAGGACUGUGGCCAAAAUGGGAUCAUUUGUUAAAUUGUGUGCUCAAUAAUCAGUUUUGUAUGCAAUGCAUUGCUGUCAAUUGAAAUCAAUAAAGCAAGAAAAAUAUUUAUUUCUUCAUUACUUGCAUGUCCUCACUAUAAAAAAAUGUUGGUCCAACUUAAAAAGGUAAGUUACCUGGUUGAAUUACAAUUUUAACAUUUUAA